AUGGAAGACAUCGAGUUUGGUGGUGGGUGGCCUGAGUCCGAUACAGACUCUAUAGAUCUUCAAAGGAUAAGAUUCAAAAACAUAUUUUCGGAAUUACCUAUACCAACACAAUCACAAACAAUGAAUCUCCACCACUGCGAUAUCGGCUAUGCUUGGGAAUCUGAAACAACCAACGGUCCUAAUUCAGGUGCUACUACCAAUACCAGUUCAGGUGCUACUACUAAUACCUGUCCAGGUGCUAUCAGCGGUCCUAAUUCAGAUGAAUAUAUAGCAUUGCACAAAUUUCGUCAACUUUCAGAUCACCUAUUCACUAAAGUGGUUCAAAUUAUGUUUGUUACGCUGGAAGGUAAUAAGUUUAUUUCCAUCUACCACCCAACAGUAAAGAUGGAUAAGGAACAGGUUUUCAGAGUAGUCAAAGACAUCAAGGAGAUUUUGCAAUCAAUGUCAAUCGAAAUAGUCUUCACAAGCACAGAUGGAUUCGAUACAACUGGCGCAUUUGCACGGGUAAUGAGGUCAUUGGGAAUUUAUCAUGUCUAUGAUCCUGUCCAUCUUAGCAAGUCAGCUAGAAAUCAUUUAAUUUCCGAUACUCCAUUGCGAUCGACUCUAUUCACCAGAGAUGCUAUCGAUAAAGCCAGUGAAGAAGAAUAUAACGAUUCCGUAAGAGGAUGCAUGAACUUUUAG